UUUCCUUUCCUUUCCUUUCCCGGCAGAUUCACCCAAAACCAAACCAAAACACAAAUUAUGGCCUUCUGGCCCUUCUCCUCCGCCUCUCUCUCCUCCUCCUCCUCUUUCUCUCUCCGCCUCCCCACCACUCCAACCCCGAGAAUCUCCCCCAAACGCCGCCUCCCCCUCCCUCCCCCAGCCGCCUUCACCACCUCCGAUGUGGACCCCACAACCCUCGCCGCCGUGGCCGCCACCUCCGCCGCCGCACUAGCCGCCGCAGUCUCCCUAACCGACCCCGAGCGUCGCCGGAAGCUCCAGGCCGAGGAGGUCGGCGGCGGCGACAAGGAAGUGGUCCGGGAGUACUUCAACAACUCCGGGUUCCAGCGGUGGCGGAAGAUCUACGGCGACACCGACGACGUCAACAGAGUGCAGAAGGACAUAAGGCUGGGGCACUCCAAGACGGUGGAGAGCGUGUUGAAGAUGUUGAAAGAUGAGGGCUCUUUGGCGGGGGUCACCGUCUGCGACGCCGGGUGCGGGACCGGGUCGCUGUCGAUUCCGCUGGCCAAAGAAGGGGCCGUUGUUUUCUCCAGUGAUAUCUCUGCCGCCAUGGUCGAUGAGGCUCAGAAGCAGGCAAAAGAACAACUAUUUGGCCAAGAUAACGUCUCGAUACCGAAAUUUGAAGUCAAGGAUCUGGAGAGCUUGGACGGGAAGUAUGACACGGUGGUCUGCCUGGACGUCUUGAUCCAUUACCCGCAGAGCAAAGCGGAUGGCAUGAUUGCCCACCUUGCUUCCUUGGCUGAGAACAGACUAAUUCUGAGUUUCGCUCCAAAAACGUUCUAUUACGACCUAUUGAAGAGGGUAGGAGAGUUGUUCCCCGGGCCUUCGAAGGCGACGAGGGCUUACCUCCAUGCAGAGGCGGACGUCGAGAGGGCUUUGCAAAAGGUUGGGUGGAGAAUUACGAAAAGAGGUCUAAUCACCACACAAUUCUACUUUGCUAGACUUGUUGAGGCUGUACCGGCAUAAUAAGAGGCAUUUUGAUUUGAGUUUUGGCAUAAUCAACUCUUAAUUUGAUUUGUAGAAUGGUUAGAAUGCUCAUCUAAUGUUUUGUAGAGCUCCACAAUUUUUCCAUGUAAUAUUUGUUAUUUUAUGUUUGUAUUUAUUGGAGUUGUAUAUUGUAAUUGUAUACUACAUUCCUUUAUUCGAACUUAAAAUGCAUA